AUGCGAAUCCUGCCGGGGGUCAAAGCACGCGUACGCGGCUCUAAACCAGCAGGUAGCAUGCACUGCGCUCGUCUCCACUCGGGCGACAGGAAGCGGAGAGCGGACACUCUUGCUGCUGUGGCCGAGGAGGACGAUUGGCCCGUCCAGGCUUACGAGCCCGCGGAAGGGGCCUCGGGUCCCUGGGGCAGAGUGCCGGGCAGGAGUCCGAAGCAACUCCUGCCCCGCCUCCUUUGGAGUGUGCGACGCAAAGUGAGGCCGACAGUAGUCUCCGCACAUGUGCGAGUCCCCAUACUCACCUCCACACCGUCACGCACAGGUGUACUCCGCAAUAUGGCUCGCAGUACCCAAAAUCUACUGGCUACGUACAUCCUCCGCCAUAGAGCCUGUCCCCUUCGGCGCUCCGAGACGUUCCAAAUAAUUGCUAUCCAAUUUGGGUCGUCGAAGGACGUCCCUCGGGACGACAGAACAGAAGACCCCAAUGCCCUGCCUCUGCACCCUGCCUCGGGGACGUCGCUGGCCCCGCCAACGAACCACCUGCAGAGAGGCGACGCGGAGGACACGGCGCACCUGCGCGACGACGACAGCCCGAACCACGGCGACCCGUCGAGUCGGCUGACCUCGGUCGGACAUGUACGACCGCUUACGGUCACAGAACUGAACGAAGCGCUAUCCAAUGAGGAGAGGAACCUGCUCUCUGUGGCCUAUAAGAACGUGGUCGGGGCAAGGCGUUCUUCCUGGCGCGUCAUCUCCAGCAUUGAGCAGAAAACAUCGGCCGACGGCAAUGAGAAGAAAAUCGAGAUGGUGCGGGCCUACCGGGAAAAGAUCGAGAAGGAGCUGGAGGCCGUCUGCCAGGAUGUGCUCAACCUCCUCGACAACUUCCUGAUCAAGAACUGCAACGAGACGCAGCAUGAGAGCAAAGUGUUCUACCUGAAGAUGAAGGGCGACUACUACCGCUACCUGGCCGAGGUGGCCACGGGGGAGAAGAGGGCCGCGGUGGUAGAGUCCUCCGAGAAGUCCUACAGCGAGGCCCACGAGAUCAGCAAGGAGCACAUGCAGCCCACCCACCCCAUCCGCCUGGGCCUGGCUCUCAACUACUCCGUCUUCUACUACGAGAUCCAGAACGCCCCGGAGCAGGCGUGCCACCUGGCCAAGACCGCCUUCGAUGACGCCAUCGCCGAACUGGACACCCUGAACGAGGACUCCUACAAAGACUCCACUCUCAUCAUGCAGCUCCUACGAGACAACUUGACGCUCUGGACGAGCGACCAGCAGGACGACGAGGGAGGAGAGGGCAACAAUUAAAGGGUCCGAAACCUCAUUCUGCCAAAACAACACAACACGCGCGCUCACAAAUGAUGACAAAAUAAUAAUACUAGUUAAAAAAUUCUUAGAAAUUAAAAAAGAAACGGGAGUGGGGGGAGGGGUUGUUGGAACAUUGGAGGCCAAUUUAGCAGAUGGUACUAACGUGGCUGCUGUUCUUUAUUUUUCAACAAAUUAAAAAAAGUUGGAGGGAAGACAAUUUUGGUUUGAGUAAUUACCUAGGAUUAGAUACAAAGAAUAAAUAAAAGAAGGAAACCCCCUCCUUGGUAGCCUCUGCAGCACUUGCCAAAAUACCACUAUAGAAGCAGGAGGUGUGUCAUUCAUCGCAGUGUGACUAUUGGGUAACGAUACCUUCACACUGGCAGAGACUGGUCUUAUCGCGCAGAUGAAGCUGAGCUGUCUUAUUGUAUUUGGUGAGCGGAGGAGCAUUCAGAAAUUCGGUUUCGAUGCUUGAGCAACCAGAAAAUUAGAGUCACCUCGAAUGUAAUGGCCUUGCUUAGUGAGAGAGAAAGACAAGGGAGGAAGCGGGUGAGAGAGCAGAAGGGUUGCAGAGAUGAAGACUGAGCUUUUUUAGGGGGUGUCCAACUUCAUUGUGUAACUUCAAAUACGCACCGACAUCUUUAGUUGCACCACAAUAUGAUCGUUGAGUGAAAAGCAGGUUGUCUCUGUUGAUGAAGAUGACAUUAAAAAAUGUUUUUGUUUUGCUUUGUGUCAGGUAUGUGUCCAGCGCAGUCAUACUGUAACUAUAAAUACAAAUUGAUGAAGUAGUGCAGCGUGUCCCUCUCAUGUGCUGAUGUGCUUUAUUAAAGAAAUUAACUGUUUAUCGACACCUAAUUCUUAUCGUCAGUAUUUUCAUUACUAUACCAACUUCUAUCGGCUCCUUGUAGGAAACAGUUCCAGAUAGCAAAGUCAGAUAAAUGGACAUUUCAAAAAAGAAUGUGGUGAUUGAACAUUAUCAUGAUUCCACCCUUAUUCAAAACACUCAGUUGGAUCUCUGAAACGGCACCUGAAACUUUUUGUCCACAAAGUAUAAUUUGUGGACAGAGCACAUGCAAUGUUAAGUGGAAGCUCUAAAAGCAGAUUUGAGGUUUGUGGAUUUACUUUGUCUCCAGUUUCUUCUUGGUCAAGAAAUGCACUUGCCUAUUAUACUGUUUCUUCAGUGUAAGAUGAUAACUGCUCCAAUAUUCUCCAUAAUACAAUAUUUUGCAUGCUGGUGAUGUAUUUAUACAGUAGCUUCAAUUGAUUAACUUAUACUGUAGAUGUUAUGUAUUCAUAUGAACAUGGAAUUACUAGACCUUAAUCGGAUUAUUUUCUAUUUAUUUCUUUUUAUUGCAAUUGUUAGCUAGACCUUAUUUUAAUCUUUGUUUUCUUUACUCCAUUUGCUGAAGUACGCUAUACCAAAACAGUGAUUGUUAACAAUAAAUUGAUCUGUUAAGGA